AUGGCUGAUCAGAAGACCCGAGCCUUUGUGGUUGAACACCUGGAUCCUGAACUGGGUCCAUGGUCUGCACUGGAAUAUGCUGCUAUCGCUCGCGAAUCGCACGACCUCGGAGCUCGAUUCCUGCUGAGCUCCGUGCCCGCCGAGCUGCAGAUGCCCGCCGACCUGGCCGCCACCCGUGGCCUGGAGGUGGAGCAGCGCAGUGUCGAGGAGAUCUUUGCUGACCGCAAGGACAGGGUCUGUCUAUUGGAUCCGUCGGCCCAGGUGGAAUUGAGUCCGGAAGAUGGAGAGACCUUUGACGUAUUCUUGUUCGGUGGUAUUCUCGGCGAUGAUCCACCACGAGACCGCACUUCUGAGCUGCGCAAAAAGGGCUACGUCGGUCGACGUCUGGGACCCAAGCAGAUGACCACUGAUACUGCAGUACGAGUGACUCGCAUGGUGGUGCAUGAAAAGAUCCCACUGGAGGAGAUCCCCUAUGUCGACUACCCUGAAAUUCUGAUCAAUGAACAUGAGCGGACUGAAAUGCCGUUCCGCUACGUGAAAGAUGCUAGCGGCGAGCCGAUCAUGCCCGAUGGGAUGGUGGAUCUGAUUAAAAAUGAUGCCGACAAGGGUGUCGGUGAUCUCUUCUGA